UUCUCUCUUUUUCAGAGAUUUCUCUCUCCUUUGUCUCCUCCGUUCUGUUAGUUCUUCUCUUACAGCGGAACAUACAUUUGGAGCCGGAAUUUCUUUUCCGGAACCCGCUUCUAGCCUUCGAAACCACUUUUAGUCGCCGGUAAGCAGCUUAUUCCUACCCUGAAAACCGGUAUUUAGUUCUUUGCCACUCCGAGCGAGUCCACGAGGUGGAACCAGUGCUUGCUUUGACUUGGAAAUGUCCGUGGAGGCCCUAGGGCUUUGGUAUCGGAGAAGAGUCUCGGAUCUGCGGUGAAGCCGUGUGAUGUGAGCAGCGGGAGUUGAUGGUAGUGUACGGACAAGGCAGCGGUAGUCUAUGAUGACCGGUGCUCCGGCGAGCGAUCUGACAGGGUGGUGGCAUUUUGGUAAAUCUCUCACAUGGAAUGGCCGAUCUUGUUAGCUACGGGAAUGCAGACCGUGACAUCGAACAGGCAUUAAUUGCUUUGAAGAAGGGUGCUCAACUGCUUAAAUAUGGUCGGAAGGGAAAGCCUAAGUUCUGUCCAUUUAGAUUGUCAAAUGAUGAAUCAUCAUUAAUUUGGAUUUCAAGUGGUGAAGAAAGAACUUUGAAGUUAGCUUCUGUCUCGAGAAUUAUUCCUGGACAAAGAACAGCUGUCUUCCAACGGUAUCUGCGUCCUGAAAAGGACUAUUUAUCUUUUUCUCUUAUAUAUAACAACGGAAAGCGGUCCCUUGAUCUGAUUUGCAAGGAUAGAGUUGAGGCAGAAGUGUGGAUUGGAGGCCUCAAGGCAUUAAUAUCUUCAGGUCAAGGUGGGCGCUCCAAAAUUGAUGGACGGGGAGAUGGAGGCCUUUACCUUGAUGACAGUGGAGACUUGACAUCAAAUAGUGCAAGUGACAGUUCACUUAGUGCUAGUCGAGAUAUUAGCUCACCGGAGAUUUCGGUCACCUUGAACCCAGUUACGUCUCCAAAGAGUUCGCAGCCUGACAAUUCUGUGCAUUGUGGAAGGUCACAUGCAUCAGACGAGACAAAUAUGCAAGUAAAAGGAUCUGGUUCAGAUGCUUUUCGUGUUAGUGUUUCUAGUGCACCCAGUACCUCCAGUCAUGGCUCUGCACCAGAUGAUUGUGAUGCGUUAGGGGAUAUAUAUAUAUGGGGUGAGGUUAUCUGUGAUACUAUUGUGAAGGUCGGAGCUGAAAGAAAUACUAAUUAUUUGAUCCCAAGAGCAGAUGUGCUUCUACCCAAGCCUUUAGAGUCCACUGUAGUUUUGGAUGUACAUUAUAUAGCCUGUGGAGUCAGGCAUACUGCACUAGUCACCAGGCAAGGUGAACUUUUUACAUGGGGAGAAGAAUCUGGAGGGCGGCUUGGUCAUGGUGUUGGAAAGGAUGUUAGUCAACCCCGUCUUGUUGAAUCUUUGGCUGCUAGUAGUGUUGAUUUUGUGGCCUGUGGGGAGUUUCAUACUUGUGCCGUGACAAUGGCUGGGGAACUCUAUACGUGGGGAGAUGGUACACAUAAUGCUGGGCUCCUUGGACAUGGCACCAAUGUCAGCCAUUGGAUACCCAAGAGGAUCUCUGGUCCUCUUGAGGGACUUCAAGUUGCUUCAGUUACUUGUGGUCCAUGGCAUACUGCUUUGGUAACAUCAAUGGGGCAGCUCUUCACUUUUGGUGAUGGAACAUUUGGUGUCUUGGGCCAUGGAGAUAGGGAAAGUGUUUCCUACCCAAGAGAAGUAGAAUCUCUCUCUGGUUUGAGGACAAUUGCUGUUGCAUGUGGGGUGUGGCAUACAGCUGCUGUGGUGGAGGUUAUCAUGACACAGUCUAGUGCUAGUGUUUCAUCUGGUAAAUUGUUUACGUGGGGUGAUGGAGAUAAAAGUCGUCUUGGUCAUGGGGACAAGGAGGCUCGUCUUAAACCUAUGUGUGUGCCAGCACUUAUUGAUUACAAUUUUCACAAAAUUGCUUGUGGGCACAGUUUAACCGUUGGCCUGACCACAUCAGGACAUGUUUUUACUAUGGGGAGUACUGUUUAUGGUCAACUUGGGAAUCCCCAUGCUGAUGGAAAGUUACCUUGCUUGGUUGAGGGAAAGCUUGCUGUUGAAGUCAUUGAAGAAAUCGCCUGUGGUGCAUAUCAUGUGGCGGUAUUAACUUCCAAGAAUGAGGUUUAUACAUGGGGAAAGGGUGCUAAUGGGAGGUUGGGUCAUGGAGAUGUUGAAGAUCGGAAAACACCGACUCUGGUUGAAGCUUUAAAGGAUAGACAUGUAAAAUAUAUUGCUUGUGGUUCAAACUAUUCAGCUGCUAUAUGUCUUCAUAAAUGGGUUUCUGGUGCGGAGCAGUCACAGUGCUCUGCUUGUAGACAGGCUUUUGGGUUUACCAGAAAGAGGCACAACUGCUAUAAUUGUGGACUUGUGCACUGCCAUUCUUGCAGUUCCAGAAAAGCAUUAAGAGCAGCACUGGCUCCUUAUCCUAGCAAGCCGUAUCGUGUUUGUGAUUCUUGUUAUGCAAAGCUUAACAAGGUGUUAGAAGCUAAUGGUAAUAACCGGAAGAAUGCUCUACCUCGCUUGUCGGGUGAAAACAAGGACAGGUUAGACAAAGCUGAUAUAAGAUUGUCUAAGUCAGUGCCUUCUAAUAUGGACUUGAUAAAGCAAUUAGAUAGCAAAGCAGCCAAGCAAGGAAAGAAGGCUGAUACGUUCUCCCUAGUUCGCUCUUCUCAAGCACCUUCUUUACUGCAGCUGAAAGAUGUUGUUUUGUCUAGUGCUGUUGAUCUGCGACGAACUGUUCCCAGACCAGCUCUCACGCCAUCUGGAGUAAGUUCUAGGUCUGUGUCUCCUUUCUCGAGGAGACCCAGCCCCCCGCGCUCUGCCACACCUGUUCCUACGACAUCAGGACUUUCCUUCUCUAAAAGUAUGAGUGAUGGUUUGAAGAAAACAAAUGAGCUAUUGAAUCACGAAGUGCUCAAGUUAAGGGCACAGGUGGAGAGCCUGAGGCAGAGAUGUGAAUUUCAAGAAGUGGAGCUUCAGAAAUCAGCAAAAAGGGCUCAAGAGGCCAUGACCAUCGCUGCAGAGGAAUCUGCUAAAUCUAGAGCUGCUAAAGAAGUUAUAAAGUCACUGACUGCACAGCUUAAAGAUAUGGCUGAGAGGCUGCCACCUGGGGUUUAUGACCCUGAGAGCAUGAGGCCUGCUUACCUACCAAAUGGUCUAGAGCCAAAUGGCAUUCAUUAUCCAGACACACAUGGAGAGCACCAUUCCAGAUCUGAUUCAAGCAGCAGCUCUUAUUUGGCUUCAACCCCAGAAAUCGACUCUGUUUUAAUAAAUGGAACUCAGGGCCCAACUCAUCCUAGGGAUCUGGCUGGAAACAUUGAAUCUAACACAUACCAACAAAACCGGGAGCCCAUAACCUCCAGCGGAACAGAUGAACAUCCAGAUGUAAGGCUGCCAAAUGGCGGAGGAGGGUUUCAGGAAAGUGGCAGUGGUCUAUCAGAGGCAGUUGAUGGCAAGGCAUCUGAGCCUUUCCAAGACGGUGACAAUGGAAUGAGAUCUAGAAAUUCGACACUAGGUGUUAGUGGCAAUGAAGUUGAGGCAGAAUGGAUAGAACAGUACGAGCCUGGUGUGUAUAUAACUCUUGUGGCCUUGCUAGACGGGACUAGAGAUCUCAAACGAGUUCGCUUCAGCCGAAGAAAAUUUGGCGAGCACCAAGCUGAAGCUUGGUGGUCAGAGAAUCGUGAAAGGGUGUAUGAGAGGUAUAAUGUUCGGGGGUCGGACAAGUUGUCGAUUUCUAGCCAGGCUGCUCGCAGAUCAGAGGGAGCUGUCUCACCAGCUUCCCAAUUCUAGCGUAAAGGGAGGAAGGGAGCCACAUUUUGCAUCGUAAUUAUGACGACUUUGAAGCAAAACACAUUUUUUGUACUUUUAUUUUCCAUCAUUCUCAUCCUUCCCUUUUAUUCUUCUUCUUUCCUAGAAUUAUUUUGUUCUGUCCAAUUAAAUCUCUGGGUAUCUGCCUUCACAUAUCUAUUGUAAGUUAGUGUAUAUAUGGCACCAAUUGCGCGAUAAUUUCGGCCAA